CAGCCGAGCGCAUCAGCAAAGCAGCGGCAGGGCAGUGAGCGAGUCACGCGCGCGAUCAGACCGUCGUCCUCUCUUCGCGUCUAGCUUUCUCUUCCUUUCUUUCGUUGAGCAGCUAGCGUGAGUUGGGGAGCGCGCGCGAUGGCGGCGAAGGGCGGCGGCGAGCAGGUGGCGGACGUCCACAGCAGCGAGAGGGCCAAGACACUCCUCCAGAGCGAUGCCCUCUACGAGUACAUGCUGAAGACGAUGGUGUACCCGCGGGAGAACGAGUUCCAGCGCGAGCUCCGCCUCAUCACCAAGGAGCACUCCUAUGGGUUCAUGUCGUCGCCGCCGGACGAGGGGCAGCUGCUGUCGCUGCUGCUGAAGCUGACAGGUGCCAAGAACACCAUCGAGGUCGGCGUCUACACGGGCUGCUCCGUGCUCGCCACGGCGCUGGCGAUCCCGGACGACGGCAAGAUCGUCGCCAUCGACAUCAACCGGGACUACUUCGACAUGGGCCUCCCCGUCAUCGCCAAGGCGGGCGUGGCCCACAAGGUCGACUUCCGCGAGGGCCCAGCAGGCCCGAUCCUCGACGAGCUCCUCGCCGACGAGGCCCGCAGUGGCAGCUUCGACUUCGCGUUCGUGGACGCCGACAAGCCCAACUACGGCAACUACCACGAGCAGCUGCUCAAGCUUGUAAGGGUGGGCGGCGUGCUGGCUUAUGACAACACGCUCUGGGCCGGCACCGUGGCGCUCCCGGACGGCGAGAGGGAGUUCACGGAGCACGAUAAAGCGAUCCGGGACGCCAUGAGGGAGUUCAAUGCCAAGAUCGGCGCCGACGCCCGCGUCGAGCCCGUGCAGCUCCCCGUCGCCGACGGCAUCACCAUCUGCCGCCGCGUCGCCUGAUGUAAAAUGAUUGAGUCAGUCUGUGCGUCGAUCUGUGCGUUGCUGUCGAUUGUCGUCGUCUUGGAUAGUUGGAUGGAUCGGGGCCGCUUUGCAUGCUUUAAUUGAGUUUGUGCGUCAAAUGGAAUAAAAUAAACAGCUGCUGUGUCAUUAUGUCCA